CUUUUGUUGCUACUUAAGGCCCGCCUUCGUCCUUUUGCUUAUCAGUCGCUUCAACCGACGAGGUAGAGGUCAGACGAGAACAUGCAGAUCAGUGCAGCAGUUAUGAGGAGCCUGGCCAUCGCUGCAAUCAGUGCUCUAACCAUCCACACUCCAACAGGUGCUGAACCUGUCAGGUGCUGUGUUGCUGUCUCAAGAGCCAGGGUUGAGGUACCCAUCCUAGACUUUAAGUUACAGAGGAAGAACCCUCCAUGCGUUAAAGCUAUCAUCUUUGUGACGGCAAAGAGACAGUACUGCAUUGAUCCAAGACAGUCCUGGGCACAAGAGAAGAUUAAAGAGCUGGUGCUGAGCAAGAAAACUACAACUGUGACUCCAACUUAAGUGUCUCCACCAUGCCACAGAACUCAACCGACAGCAAUUCAAUUCUCAAAAGAAUUUUAAGAUUAAGAUGAACUUCUUAUCCUAUUCUUAUUUCUAUUCCCUUAUAGUGCUUUACAGUGUAAAACCUGUUUUCUGUAAAUAAACUUAAAUAUACAGA